CUUGAUUUCCUCCGGUCCGUGGUGCUUUUUGCUUAGCUUCCUCGGCCAAGCCAAGCACAGACCGUAACUACAAGCCAGACGAUGCACUGAGGGUGGUUUUCAGUUCAGACCACCCGCUGUGCAAUGCUUGUGCUUGAUGCACGACUCGUAAGCAUCCAUUUGGUCGGAUAGGCUGAGUCCAGAUAUCAGGUAGCCCAAGCAGAGAGAAGAUCAAGAUCUGAGAGCAGACAGACAGGAGGCCACAGUUCCCCCUCACACGCAUACACACAUCAUCACGGCCUUGAUGGUGAUGCAUGCAAGGAAACCAACAAGAGUCAGCGAUGGGUGCAACGACCGAAGGGAUUCACAAUCCUAUCAGACCCAUAAAUCUCAACCAAAGAGCCAAUCCAGCAGCCUUCACCGUUAUGACAAGGUGCGUGAUGGCUCAUCAGACCCCACGCCCCCUUACAAGAUGCUGCGACGCUCAGACGACAGUCCUGUCAGCAGACAUGCAGACAGUAUGGGACACAAGGCAAAAACCUCCCAGACACUCAGAGGAAAAAAUGGGACCAGCGGUUCUCCUCAAGAGAACUCACACAACAACAGCUCGUACCAUGGCUCCGACUCACACGCAGCUCAGAGCAAGCCUGCAGACAGGCGCCAAGACCCAGCAGACGACUGGACGGAGCACAUCAGCUCCUCCGGGAAGAAGUACUACUACAACUGCAGAACUGAGGUCUCCCAGUGGGAGAAGCCCAAGGACCUGCUGGAGAGAGAACAAAGACAGAAAGACUCAGCCAAGAUGGCAGCGAACAGUUUCCCCAGGGACAUGGACUACAGACAAGAGGCCUUGCAGGACAAAGCCACAGCAAAGAUCACAUCUGACCAGUCCAGCGCAUCCAACUCCGGCCAUUCCUCCUCCUCUUCUUCCUCUUCCUCUCAGAGUUUGAACUCUGUUCCUGGUGCUUUAGGUCCCACACCCUCUGCAACUUCUUCUUCAUCCUCUACAGUGCCAGCGCCCUCAGCUGUCCAGUCUCAGUCCCCUGCGCUGCUGCAGGACCCCGCCCUCCUGCAUCAGCUCAUCCCAGCCCUGCAGGCCACUCUACAGAUGAAUAAUGGCAGCAUGGACAUGGCCAAGAUCAACGAGGUCCUGGCAGCUGCUGUCACCCAAGCUUCCUUGCGGUCUAUGCUUCAUAAGCUCCUCACUGCUGGACCGUCUGCUUUCAACAUCACUGCUCUGCUCUCCCAAGUCGCUCAGCACUCCAGUCAAGCCCAGCAGUCCAGUCAGUCACCAGUGUCUCUCACGUCGGACGCAUCGUCACCUCGGCCAUACGUCUCACCGCGGAACGGCACGCCACAGAGCAACCUGAUGGGCCAGAAAUCUUUGCUGGGCAUGCCCCCUGGUGUCAUCACCUCCUCCCAAAUCAGGGGCAACAUUUCUUCAGUUAAAUCAGGACAGCCGCCCCUGUCUCAGACCUCGAUAGAGAAACGUCCAGAGGAUCCCAGGACUCUCCAGCAGCGAAGCAGCCAGGAAAUUCUGUCCACGGGACAAAACCACUUAUGUGGGACUGGUUUGCCUCAUGUCCCCUCCUGCAGCACCAGUCAAGCCCAGGCUGGCACCCCUGUCUCCUUCACUCCCACUCUGGCUACCCACUUUGAUGAGAACCUCAUCAGACACGUCCAAGGAUGGCCAGCAGAACACACUGAGAAGCAGGCGGCAAGGUUGCGUGAGGAUAUCCACAACAUGGGCAGCUUGUACAUGUCUGAGAUCUGCACAGAGCUGAAAAACCUUCGCUCCCUGGUCAGAGUGUGUGAAAUUCAGGCCACACUUAGGGAACAGAGGAUCUUGUUUCUGAGGCAGCAGAGCAAAGAGCUGGACAAGCUAAAGAACCAGAACUCAUACAUGGUCUGAGAGCCAGGCUGGAGAGGAAAGGAUUUUGAGGUCUGGAAUGAAAAAGUGAAAAGAGGUUGAGAGAUGAACGGCCCGCUCUGUGAGGCUGCAGGAGCAACCUGCUGUAUUCUCUGAAAGAGCCGAAGCGGAAGGCCUGAGGGAACAAAGCCGAACCUGACAGAAGACAACUCAGACGGUGGCUCUCAAGGUUAAGCCCCAUCAUCCUGAACAUGCCGAUUUUUAUUUUCCUCUGUUGUCCACCAUGUGUAUUGUCCUCGUUCACCAGGACAAGAUGAAAGUGAUUGUUCCCCAAGGUGGACACACUAAUCAGUGGACACAGAGGACCAUAGGACUGGGGCCUUAGCUUUUCUUGACCUGGGACUCUUCAAAUGGCACCUUGUUGGACCAUGAACCUUUGGAUUGUGUUUAUUGUACUGGCUUAACUUGUUUUCUCAUGUGUUUUGAUGUGUAGUGGUGAGGAAAAGAAUGAACUUCAUCCCUGGAAAAAAUAAGAACCAUCUCAUAUCGAGAACUAGUGAACUCAUUCCCUCCAAACAUUUGAAAUGGACUUGUUCAGUAAUGGUGAAUCAUACAUUGAAUUGGGUGGAUUCAAUGGUAGUGCUGUUAAUAAUUUUCCUUUUGCUCACUAUUGUACUUUUCAAUAGUUUUCCCAUCCCAGUCUUUCUGGGUGCUGAUUGGUUUUACAUGCCAUGCCAUGAGAUUAGCCAAGACCAUCGGUCAGGUGUAUUUGAAAUACUUGAUGUGCGCUUGAUAUAUCUUGUCCAAAGUUGUGGGAACCAGUUUUAAGGUUCCAGUGGUGCAAACUCAGUGAGGAAUGGCUAGCUAUUUCAAACACACUCCAAAUGUUUCAGAGUCACUUUCAAAAACUUGAUAUUAUUGGACCUAGGUUGGCUCUUAAAACAUAUGACGUCACAUUCAUUUGGGGCCCUACUCACUGGUUUAAUUUAUCCCUCAGCUAUUUGUCCUUUUUUGUAUAGUUGUCAACAUUUUGUUUCUGUCCCUAGUUGGCAAAUAUUUCAUUCCUUUGUGCAGCUUAGCAAGAAAUUGUGAAAAAGAAUAGGAUAACAGUAUAAAGGUCUGGAUUUUACAGUUAUGUAAACGUAAAUUAAUGUUGCACAUGAUUGAUUAUGUUCUUGUAGUGAUGAAAAUGGAAAGACAUUUUAUUUUUUCAAAAA